AUGGCGCCCGUGACCCUGAAAACAGUUGAUGAUGACCUCAAAGAUGUGAUUCAACACCUAUUCGAGAUCCAAUCUGCCGUUCAUGGCUAUCUAGGCCCUGAGACGCAGCAGGAACUUGUGCGCAAAAUCAAGAACCUAACUCUCGCGCUCUCGACUCUAUCAACACAUACUCAGCUGCCGCAAACACAGGAAACCCAACCAGAUACAAACACCGAUCCUUCCAAUCCCACCCUCGCCAGUGUCCAGCUCCCACCAGAAAUUAUCGACUACGUUGACUCGGCACGCAACCCGGACAUUUACACGCGUGAAUUCGUUGAGCUUGUGCAGCGUGGAAAUCAAGAUCUGCGCGGAAAGCGCGAGGCCUUUGCAAGCUUCCGUGAUGUUCUAGCUCGCGAGAUGCGCAGUGCUAUGCCCGAGUGCCGCGGUGAGGUUGAUCGCGCAGUCUCCGCGACUGGUGGCGCUGUUGAUGGGCCUGAUGGUGUUGCUGGGACUGGACCUGCGUCUGGUGGGAAUUGA